AACAGCCGUCCUUCUGCCCUGAACCGAAAGUGAAAGACGAGUUUAUUAAAAACCUUUAGAUCGGUUUCGGAGUAAGAGAGAUUCAAUUGCGUCCAAUGGAACCAUAACGUUUAUAUUUAUAUAUAGGUUUGUUAAAUCUGCCUUGUUGUUGUUAUUACCGUGACUUUCCUCCGAGCAUGGAAAGCGAAGAUGAGAGUCGCAAUCGGCACCAGACUCCAGUCAAUGGGAAACAUUUUGAGUGGCAGCUGUCAAAUGGACAUCAGUGGCUGCCAAUUGAAAAUGACCACGUCAUCGAGACUCACUACUGCCAACCUGGAGCUAAAGGAAUCACUAUCAAUCUUGGUGAUAGGCAGGUUUUCAUCGACUUUGAUCAGUUACAGACUCUAACUGCAGCUCUGAAGGUGCAGAGACUAAGCUUCCUACCUCAGGGCCAGACUGAGGACGUAGGCUGGUUCUUCAGAGAUGACCAGCUGUGGCGUGAAUAUGGGUCCCCGAGCUCCAGCAAGCUGCCUUCCUCAAUCGGCAGUGGAGAUGUCGAGCGUCGGUUCACUCUAAACCCUCAGGGAACCUUCAUCUUCACGGUGGGCUCGACAAGCUACUCACUCAACUUCUCCUCCAUGACCCAAACAAACUGCAUCACAGGCCGGGGCAGGAAAGUACGAAGGCGUCCUAAAUUCACUUUCAACCCAGGGAGCCUUUACGCCACCUCAGCGUUCCCCACUGCGUCCUCCUCCCAGCCCACUGAUGGAGGCUACAAGUGGGAGUUCAUGGGAGAUGGGGAGAAAUGGACAGAAUACAAAGCACAUAUAUGUUCAUUUGACAGCACUGCCAUUGAGACGCAGUACCAGCUAAAUCCACACGGCCAGCUGCACUUCAAGAUCAAGAGAUUCUCGUACACUCUGGAUUUUUCAGGAAUGUGUCAAGUCAAUGACAAUAUUGGGACUACAAGAGCAGUGAGGAGGACUGGUGAUGAUGGGAGACAUCAGAACAGCAGCAGUCCGGGCACACUGCCACGAUGGCAGUUUCAAGAUAUUGGUGGAACUUGGAAAGACUUUUCUGAAGUACAAAGCAUUUCCAGUCAGGACAUUGAGCUAAAGUACCAAAAGAACCCGUCAGGAACCAUAACGUUUUCAACCAAGAAAUUUAGCUACGAGCUAAACUUCUCAGCUAUGACUCAGAGGAACCUGUCCACAAACACCACCAGAUCAGUGCGAAGACUUAACCAAUGACCAUGGGACAACUAUUUGGAUGUUGAUCCUCAGUUACCUCACUGCCUGUCUCAGGGUGUCUCUCACACAUUGGAAGGACUCAGUGUUGUUCUUCACAAACUGCCUCUGUCUUUAUUAAUGAC